UCAUAUCCGGGAGUUGUAGAAUCACUUAAAAUUGUGACUAGAGAAAAAACAGAACGUAUUGCGCGUUUUGCUUUCGAUUUUGCAUUAAAGAAUGGUCGAAAAAAAGUCACGUGUGUUCAUAAGGCUAACAUAAUGAAACUCGGUGACGGAUUAUUUCUUAAUACUUGUCGUCAAAUAGCAGAAGGAUAUAAAUCUUCUGGGAUUGAAUUUGACGAUAUGAUAGUUGACAAUUGUUCUAUGCAAUUAGUAUCUAGACCUCAACAAUUUGAUGUUAUGGUAAUGCCUAAUUUAUAUGGUAAUAUCGUAAGUAAUGUCGGAGCAGCUUUGGUUGGUGGACCGGGUAUUAUUCCUGGGGCAAAUAUUGGAAGAGAGUACGCUUUAUUUGAACCG